AUGACAUCAAUUAAAGAUCUAAGUGAAAACAAAUGGAAACCACAAGAUGCAAUUCCUCAAAAUAUAAAAGAUUUACUUACAACAGAAUCCAAAUCAUCUAAGUCAUCAAAUCAUCUUCUUGCAUUUCUCAACAUUAUAUCGUCAUUAAAAUUUCAGAAAAGAACAGGAUGGAUGGAUCAUGGUAUACCUAAAUUUGAUACGGAAUCAAUUGCUGAUCAUAUGUAUAGAAUGUCUAUUUUAUCAAUGAUUGUACCACCUUCUACAGUUAACAAAGAUAAAUGUGUGAAAAUAGCUAUUAUUCAUGAUAUAGCUGAAUGUUUAGUAGGUGAUAUAACUCCAUUUGCUGGAAUUUCUAAGUCUGAAAAGCAUCGUAGAGAAAAAGAAACAAUAGAAUAUUUACAACAAAUAAUAAAACCUUAUAAUUCUGAAUUUGCAACCGAAAUGUAUGAAUUAUGGACUGAUUAUGAAGAAAUAAGAACUAUUGAAGCUAGAUAUGUGAAAGAUAUAGAUAAAUUUGAAAUGAUACAAACAGCUUAUGAUUAUGAAUUAAGAUUUGGAAUAACUUAUGAUUUGAAUCAAUUUUAUACUGCUAGAGAAGCCAUUAAGACCAAGGAAGUUGGUGAAUUAUGUGAUGAUGUACUUGAAAAAAGAAACAAAUUAGUUGAAAAACUAAAACAUAAUGAAACUAGUUGA